AGGCUUCACUGCUGUAGAAGAGAAUUUGAGACUUAGACCAUGCCUGUUCCUCCUCCGCCUGCUCCUCCGCCUCCCCCGACGCUGGCUGUGGCCAAUACAGAGAAGCCUGCUUUAAACAGGUCAGAGCAAGCAGGGAGAAAUGCUCUUCUGUCAGAUAUUAACAAAGGAAAAAAGCUCAAAAAGGCUGUUACCAAUGAUAGAAGUGCCCCAGUUAUUGAGAAGCCUAAAGGAGGAGGAGGAGGAGGUGGUGGUGGAAGCAGCAGUGGCUUUAGUAGCAGUGGUGGCGGCAGCAGCUGCGGCAGCGGCAGUAGCUAUGGUGGAGGGGGACCACCUGGCUUAGGAGGCCUGUUCCAGUCAGGGAUGCCAAAGCUGAGGCCUACGUCAAACAGGGAUAAUGACUCUCCAGGAGGCAGAGCUCCAGUUUUCCCACCGGGAGGAAGAGCAACAUCAGCAAAGCCCUUUUCACCCUCGGGUGGCGUAGGGAGAUUUCCAGGGCCUUCUUUUGGGCAAAGAACUGCAACGCCGGAACCGCAGAGAAACCGGAUGCCGCCCCCAAGACCUGAUGCCGGUUCCAAGCCCGACACGGGCGCCCCUCCUGUGCCAAAUACACCGAGACCGGUCCCAUCGAGUCUUUCAAAUCUGUACAACAGAGGACCGCCCCCUGUGCCAGCGACAGCCAGGCAAGCCAGCUUAGGGCUUACGCCGCCGCCUUUCCCAGGAAACAGAAACGUAGGGUUCGGUGGAAGCAUUCGCCAGUCGCCACCAGGUAGUUCUCCCUUUUCAAACCGGCCUCCUCUUCCUCCAGCACCGAGCAGGGCAGCAGAAGACAAGCCACCUCCACCGCCUCCUCCGGCGACCAACAGGCCACCUCUCAACAGAGAACCUUCCCUGCCACCUCCGCCACCUCAGAACAGCAAGCCUCCGGUACCUUCCACCCCUCGGCCAUCUUUCGCCUCGCAGCCUCCUCCUCCCCCACCUCCCAGUAGGCCAGGUCCACCUCUGGUUCCGCCGACAGCCGCUGGAAAUGACGAAAUGCCACGACUUCCUCAGAGGAAUCUGUCACUGUCAUCUCCUUCGCCACCAAGCUUGCCUGGUCCUAGUCGUUCUGGACCUCUUCCGCCCCCACCAAAUGAGAGACCGCCACCUCCUGUAAGAGACCCGCCCAGUAGAUCAGGACCCCUCCUUCCUCCCCCACCGCCAAUCAACAGAAAUGGUAGCACUUCACGGGCAUUGCCAGCUACUCCGCAGUUACCUUCCCGAGGGGCGUUUGAUAAACUCCGAAGUGGGCCGGUGCCGCCACCCCCUCCCGACAGGCCUGGGUGCGGAGGUCCCCCUCCCCCUCCGCCUCCCCCUCCAUUGUCCGCUCUCCGAAACGGGUUCCAAGACUCUUCCUGUGACGAUGAGUGGGAGAGCCGGUUUUCCUUCCAUCCUCUGUCUGACCUGCCACCUCCAGAACCAUAUGUGCCCAUGAACAAGAACUACCCCAGUAAACUGGCAAGGAAUGACAACAGAAGUGGAUCCAGCCGCCGAGAAAGAGGUGCCCCUCCUCUUCCACCUAUUCCAAGGUGAAGCAGGACCUCCA